CGAGAUAUUGUGAUGAUCUUGGCCGAGUUUCAGAGGCGAUUUCUGGAGAUAUGGAGCAUGAUGGAUUACCUUGAGAUCUUUGAGCUGCGGUUGAAAUUUGAGGACAAAGCGCACGGGGUCAACAAGACUUGGAUGGGGUGCUUCACCAAAGACUCCACUAUCACGUUGAGGCUCCACAAGGCUGGUGUACCUGUGUGGUUGAUAUGA